AUGUCUACAUUGAUUGUGAUUAAUUUGAUAGUCAAACUUACGCAUUACCGGAAACUUCCUCAAAUAUAUCAGUAUGAUGAUUUCAGUGCAUGCCGAACGAGAUAUACCGAUUUUGUGUACUGUGUUGCCACCACGAAGCUCCUACCAGACGAAACCAAUGAGUUGUGGAACAAUAUAAGUUUCCUGUCUUCAAAUCGAAGAAAUUUUCCACAUGAUAAACUGGAAAAUGGAAUAUGCGUUAACGACCACCAUGUCGGAGCCAUAGACGAUACCAAACUGGGAAAAAUCGUUGGAGCACAUGUUAGUAUCACGAUCUACAACAAAUAUGGUUUGCAGAGUCAUACGGAUAUAGAAUCCUGUUGGAGGAACUCAAGCAUGAAUCAGGAACUAGCAACAAGUGAAAAGGUUUUCCUGUAUAUCUCGUUGUCCUUGUUCCUCAUAUCGAUCUAUGCUACCUGGAAGGAUUACAAAGGUGUCAUCAGUGGCGAUUUGAUAGCGGCAUUUUCCAUCCGGCAGAACUUUCAUCGCCUAACCAAAACAAACAGUACCAACGCAUUGCCAUUUCUGGAGGGCUUACGAGUGAUUGGAACGAUGACUAUACUGGUCGUGCAUUCGCAACUUCCAAUGAUUCGAAUGCCGAUCAAGAACACUGAGGACUUGGAAGCGCAAGCGAAUCACUUUGUUUUCCCGUUCAUCAAUUCGGCUAAUACACAUAUGAUACAAUUUUUCUUUGCCCUGGGUGGCAUGGUCUUUGGAUUGAGCUGCCUUAAUCACUUUGACAGUUGUUCCGCUUUCCACGGCUUGUACUUCGUCGAGAAAUUGGUGCGUCGAUUGAUUAGGAUUUUGCCGGUGUACAGCUUUGUUAUUUUCUACCAUGCAACAUGGUACAAACGUGUUAAGCGGGGUCCGUUGGAGUUUAAAUUCUACGACUAUUGCUCGGAACACUGGUGGACUAACGUGUUGUUCAUUAACAACUACGUACUUCCCACGAAACCGUGUUUACAGUAUGGAUGGUACCUUGGAGCGGAUUUGCAUCUAUUUCUCAUCAGUUCUUCGUUGCUCAUGUUGGUGUGGCGAUUUCCACGCACGAAACAAACGAUUGCGGCCAUCAUGGCCAUUGUCGCAUUCGCAGUUCCUGCGUUCGUUAUCUACAACAACUCCACGGCGGCAACAAUGACGUUCGACAUGCGGCACGCUUUGGCUGAACUUCGGACGUACAAGCACUUUAUAGAGUACUAUCUACCAUCGCACACCAACGUAAGCGGUUAUUUCUUCGGAGUAAUAGCUGCGAUGACAUACAAGGGCGCUGUUGCUGGUGACCACCAAAAUCGUGUCCAAACCGUACUUCAAAGAGCAUUUGCCACCUGCACUAUUGCACUAGUGGGAUUGAACGCAUUCACUACGGUGCUACCCUUACUGGACCUUAACCCACAUUUGUCCAUUUUCCAUGCUGUGUAUGGAAGUCUGUUGAAAGCCUCCUGGGGUCUUAGUUACGGCCUCCUGUUUUUGGUGCUUGGAUUGAAAAGGGAAUCAUUGCUGGUCGAUUUUCUGUCUCAUCCGCUUAUGCACUGUCUAGCUAAACUAAGCUAUUGCAUUUAUAUCGCACAGUACUCAGUUAUAUACGGCGUGUACACAAACUUCCCAAUUCCGUUGAUUUACGGGACGUUUAAUCUGAUAAUUCUGACGUCAGCCACAGUUUUUCUCUCGCUUGUCAGUGCAUUUCUGCUUUACAUGGCUGUGGAAGCCCCAUUUGGAUAUUUGGGAAAUAAAUGCCUCUCUUUGUUUAUCGAAAAAGGAACUAUUGUCAAUACCCAACAAAAUAAACAUAAAAAACGACAGUAAAGGCGUUUUUAUGAACGCAAAUGACAACAUCUAACGGGAACUGAUCCCUCGUAAAACAAAUGGU